AUUACAUCAUUAGGUUUAUGAACACUGUAUGAAAUUAUCAUCCCUUCGCCUAGCCCUAAGAAGAUUACACUACAAAGUUUCUGUUGCCGGAAGUUUUGAGCCUCAUCUCCAUUCAGUAGCCCCCAUGGCAGUAGCUGGUAUUCAAGUAGUAGGGGGUACCCCUGCAAUAUCUCCUUCACUGCUUUUCACCGAUUCCAAGAACAAGGGAUUCCUUAUCAAUGCCGGAGAGGGGAUUCAGAGAAUGAUUUUGGAGAGUCCUGGGCUAAGAAUAUCCAAUAUCACGGACAUACUGACAACGAGAUUUGACUACAACACAGUAGCGUCAAUCCCUGGUAUUAGUUUGUUUAGACGGGAUCAGCAAAACGUUAACACAACUCACAACCCCCUGACAGUAUGGGGAACUGAUAAUGUUAAUGGAUUUCUGAGGUCGACUCAGCUGGAUUGUUUUGCUGAUGAAGUAGGAAGUGAUAGGCACCUUGUUUUAAAGAAUCUAAAAGAUUUAGAGAUUCUUGGUGGUAUAACUGUGAAAAUUGUUCCGCUCAUCAGUUCGAAUUGUUACGUUUUUUAUCUUCCUCAAAAAGAUGGUAACGUGAACAAAAUGAAGUUAAAAGAAAUGAACGUUCCAAAGAAACUUUUAGCUACCCUGUUUAAGACGGGGUCAGUAGAGCUGGCUGGUGGAAAGAUCGUUAACAAAUCUGAUGUGUUAGAUCCUGUUGAACCUGCCCCUGUUUUUAUCAUUGUCGAUGCUCAAUCGGAUGAAGAGUGCAAAGUUCUUUCUAAAAUCGAUUUCAAUGCGAUGAUUGAUGAGUCUAAACAGACUCUCAUGUUAAUGGUUCACUUUAGUGGCAAAGACAUCACCGUAUCGGACCAUUACAGGAAAUUCAUUGAUAGUUAUAAAGAUAUUGAUCACCUGCUCAUGUGCAAAAACCCCUUAUCUCGCAUUCUCUUUGAUUGUGCACAGCGAAAUGCUAUCAUGAGUUCAGUCCUACCUGUAGAGAAACUAUAUGAACCCACCGAAGAAGGCAGCACCGAUUUAACUAACAUGACAAAAGAUCCUGAAACCUCUAUUACACUAUCUGAACAUCUAUUAAAAUACAGCAUGUACCCCACCCAGAAGUCGUCAGCUGGUUGGCACAGAAACAAUGUUAUCCUCAAAAAGUCCUUCAAUUUCAAGAAUGAAGAAGAAUCUGCCAGAAAGAUUUACAAUUGUUUUAUUGCGGAUCAGAAACCGGAGAUGCCAGCCAAAAAACUCCGAAGAGGCUUCUCCUGUCCAGACAUAACUUUUCUGGGAACCACCUCAACCUACUCCUCAACCUUCCGAAACGUCAGUGGGAUUUUACUGCUGUGCUCGGAAGGUUUCAGUGCUUUACUGGAUGCUGGAGAGAUGACUGUUGGUCAGAUGAUCAGAUUAUACGGACCUGACAAAACAAAAGAGCUCAUCGGUAAACUUAACUUCCUGUACAUUUCUCAUAUACAUUUUGAUCAUUGUGGGGGGUCAAUGUCAGUCGCUGAAUACUAUUAUCAAGUUAAUAAUAAGCCUCUUACCAUUAUCUGUCCUAUAAGAAUGCUACCCUGGUUCAAGUACCUUAGUUCUGUGUUCAAAAUACCCCUUAACUUGGUUCCAAUUGGAAAGUUAUACCAAGACAAAACCAUGCUGGAUGAUCUGACCAAGGAGCAUGGUGUUAAGAUUGAUUUGUGCCCGGCAAUGCACACAAGAGACUCCUGGUGCGUAGCACUAGCAUCUGAAACCUGGAAAGUUGCUUAUUCUGGUGACACCCUGCCCAACUCCAAGUUUGUGGACAUUGGAAAGGACUGUGACAUUCUCAUUCACGAAGCGACACAUCAGAGCACAUUGGCAGAAGAUGCAGCCAAGAAGAAGCACUCCACUGUUGGACAAGCCAUUGAAAUUGGUAAACAAAUGAAGGCUAGGUACACUGCACUGACUCACUUUAGUUUGAGAUACCAGAAACUUCCUCCCAUCAUUGAUGAAACCGUUCCGGAUAAUGUCUUGUUUGCUCAUGAUUUCACUAAAAUUACUGAAGAAAAUGUGGAAACUUGGUGCAGAGCGACCGAUGCUCUUCCCUUGCUUUUCCCCGACCAUUACAAAGAUCUCUCGAAGCAAUCUUACUAUAAAAACAAGAAACCAUUCAAUACAUUAUGAUAGUUUUACUGUGCAUUUAUAAUGAAUGAUAAUGGAAGUUGGUUUCAAUAGAUAUGUCUGGAUUUUUAAUUUAUAAAUUAUUUCAGGUUUUAUUUUUACCAGAAACCUUCAAAUUGUUUUUAUUUAUUGAUAUAACACGACUGUACUUCAAGAGUUUUACACCGAAGUUUUUAUUUAAAUGUGGUUUGUUAACCAAUUCCUUAAUUUAUUUAUAAAGAAACCGUCUCUCGUUACAGUGGGUUCUUAAGGGGAUCACAUUAGCCGGUAUCAGGUAUCAAUUUUAUAAGUUACAUUUUUAUAUCUGAAUCACUACAA